AUGUCAGUGCGUCUUAUAAGGCGAAUAUGGAGCGGCCGGUCCGGUAUUUCCACCGCGGCCGUGUCAGAAUACCGGGCCGGCCGCUCAGCUCUGCAGCUGGACCUUACCUGUUCCUCUAUCCAGCGGCGUACUGUCUUCCCGGCUUCUGUAGUGUGGGCACUGGGCAUGACAGCCGGGUGCCCAGUGCGCAUGUGCGAGAAGCGGUGCUUUUUGUGAAUGGUAAGGCGGUACCUGGGACACAUGACAGAUCCCAGAAGCCGCCGGACCAAUCACAAAGCGCAAUGCUUCUCGCUCAUGCGCACUGGGCACCCGGCUGUCAUGCCGAGCGCCAUUACAGAAGCCGGGAAGACAGCGCGCGGCUGGAUAGAGGAACAGGU